AAACACAUCUUCUCCCGGUGAGCUUUUCAUAUAUCUAGGGCUGUUUGAUGUCAAGAUGUUAUUUCUUCUCAGGGCUACAGACCCUGCGCGCUAAUUUAUCAGGCACCAGCAAAACGGCGUAUGAGGUUGCCUUGUAUAUAACUGGGCGGCUGGCUCCUUACCUGUACCAGGCUGGUCUCACAGCAAUACGUCGACUUAAGAAUCCCCAGAAGCGUCUACUAUGUAUCCCGGGACAGCCGAAUAGCUUGAAUAUUCCGCCCAUGGAGACAUUUGUUUUGCCGGUAUUUUCCGCCGAGCACCAAAUUGCUCUAUUUGGCAUAAUCAGAUCCCUGCGCAUAGCUGCAAAGCGCAUUGCUAGAAUUUGCCAAUACUGAAACCAUCCUGCUUUGCUUGACAGAUACUUUGCUCUUGAUGGUUGCCCUAGUGGCAUUUUAUUUACUGGAAUUGUUUAUUCAUAGCGGCUUAUCAAAGGUCAAUGGCAGUAUGCUCUAUUCAUAUAGUUUUGUUUGACACCAGUCGAUGUACUACACGGCUAGUCUUAAAUCGACAAGUCAC